UGCCGCGGAGCCAGGACAGCAAUGGCGGCGGGUGGCGGUGGUGUUGCGGACCCCCUGUCCCCGGCAGGGGUUCCUUGCGCCUUCUCUCCGCUGAACCAGGCCUACUUCGCUUUGGCGUCUGCCGACGGUCAGUUGCGAGUGUGGGAGACAGCCAACAAUAGGCUGCAUCAAGAGUACGUGCCUUCCGCGCACCUCAGCGGUACCUGCACCUGCCUGGCCUGGGCGCCAGCGCGGCUACAGGCCAAGGAAAGUCCCCAGAGGAAAAAAAGGAAAUCAGAAGCUAUAGAAACGAGUAACCAGAUUGACUUGUUGGCUCUUGGUACAGCAGUUGGUAGUAUUUUAUUAUACAGUACAGUAAAAGGAGAAUUACACAGUAAAUUGAUAAGUGGUGGACAUGACAACAAGGUUAAUUGCAUACAGUGGCAUCAAGACAAUGGCUGUUUGUAUAGUUGUUCAGAUGAUAAACAUAUUGUGGAAUGGAAUACACAGACAUGCAAAGUAAAGUGCAAAUGGAAAGGCGACAAUAGCAGUGUCAGCUCCCUGUGUAUCAGCCCAGAUGGAAAGAUGUUGCUUUCAGCUGGUCGAACAAUCAAACUGUGGGUUUUGGAGACCAAAGAAAUCUACAGACACUUCACAGGCCAUGCAACGCCAGUUUCGUCACUCAUCUUCACUACUAUCAGACCUCCUAAUGAGAGCCAACCCUUUGAUGGAAUCACUGGUCUUUAUUUCUUGUCUGGAGCAGUACAUGACCGGUUACUCAAUGUCUGGCAGGUCCGGUCAGAAAACAAAGAAAAGAAUGCAGUGAUGUCUUUUACAGUCACAGAUGAACCUGUCUAUAUUGAUUUGACUUUGUCAGAAAAUAAGGAAGAGCCUGUCAAGUUAGCUGUUGUUUGCAGAGAUGGUCAAGUUCAUCUUUUUGAACACAUAUUAAAUGGAUACUGCAAAAAGCCUUUGACUUCAAACUGCACAAUUCAGAUAGCGACACCUGGGAAAGGCAAGAAAUCAACACCAAAACCCAUCCCUAUUCUAGCAGCUGGUUUUUGCUCAGACAAAAUGUCAUUGUUGCUUGUAUAUGGCAAUUGGUUUCAGCCCAUCAUUGAGCGAGUGGCUUUAAAUUCCAAAGAACCUCAUGUGUGUUUAGUAAGAGAUAUUUCAAACUGCUGGGCCCCCAAAGUAGAAACGGCUAUAACAAAGGUGAGAACACCGGUGAUGAAUUCUGAAGCAAAAGUUCUGGUGCCAGGGCUACCUGGUCAUCAUGCAGCUAUCAAGCCUGCUCCUCCACAAACUGAGGAAGUAGAGAGCAAGAGGAGAUUGGGGGAAAAUGAGAUUAGCAUUGAAGAGCGCCUGGGAGCACUGGAUAUAGAUACAAAGAAAGAAAAGGAUGACCUUCCACAGACAAAUAGCUUUCCAGUUCUUCUCACACAGGGUUUAGAAAGUAAUGAUUUUGAAAUGCUAAAUAAAGUACUUCAAACUAGGAAUUUAAACCUAAUUAAGAGGACUGUAUUAAGGAUGCCCCUGCAUGCUGUUAUUCCAUUGUUACAAGAGCUUACAAAGAGAUUGCAGGGACAUCCUAAUAGUGCUGUUUUAAUGGUUCAGUGGCUAAAAUGUGUGUUAACGGUCCAUGCAUCCUACCUAUCCACAUUGCCUGAUCUGGUACCCCAGCUGGGAACACUAUACCAGUUAAUGGAAAGCAGAGUAAAAACUUUUCAGAAACUGUCCCACCUUCAUGGAAAGCUUAUUCUUCUAAUCACUCAAGUUACAGCGUCAGAAAAAACAAAGGCAAUGACUUGUCCUGCACAAAAGGCAAAAUUGGUGUAUGAGGAAGAAUCUUCUGAGGAGGAGUCAGAUGACGAAAUUGCAGAGAAGGACUCUGAUGAUAACUGGGAUGGAGAUGAGGAAGAGAAAGAAAGUGAAAAAGACGAGGAUGUUGAUGAAGAGAACGAAGAGGAGGAGGAAGAUGCUGAAGAAAAGGAUGAAGAGAAUGGGGAGGAGGACAGGGAUGUCGCCAGUGAGAAAGAAUUAAAUGGAGAUUCCGACUUAGAUCCCGAAAACGAAAGUGAAGAAGAAUGAGGACGGAGAACAAGCCGAUGGAGCUGUCACCUCCGCUGCGCCUUCCCCAGUGCUGCCGAGUUCUCCUGGGAAGGGUUGUCUCUGGGACAGGCGCCAAGGACCGUUGCACAUUUCCAGAUUCCUCGUGGUGGUUCCCAUGCCGUCUCGCUGUCCUGAGCACCCCAGACUUCACUGUGUAUAUAAGAGUGUUUCCUUCAAAUGUUAAUAAACUUUACACAGCAAAUAGACACCUUUUCUGCAAUGUACUGACAUGAGUGUCCAAUAUAUGGUAUAUUUUUAUAAUAUAAUAUCCCAGUAUGGUUGGUUAUGGCAAGAAUUGACAUAAGUGAGGACACAGACAUUUCCCAUGUAGGGUUUCAAAAACUGGACUUUUGUGAAGGAGUCAGCUCUUAUCUCAGGUUGGUAUCUUUCAUCAGAUCCAGAUACAAAGCGGCACUAGUGAAAACAAUUUUUAAUUUGGUACAUUUUCAUAAAAUAUGAAGGGAUAACUAAAGAUUCGGAGUGAAAACAGUUGGGAUUUAAAAACUUUUAAGUAUCAAUAUCCCUAGCUUGUCUAUUAAUGGUGGUGGUCUGAUUUGAGUCAGGUUGAGUAUUUGGAGUGCUUCCCCCAAACAGCCACUUAUUUUUUAAGCUGUCAUGUGGAAUAUUUUUUUAAAACAAAAAAAUUAUGGUAAUUAAAAAACUAAAGAAUUAGCCAUAUUAAAUAGGAUUUUUCUCGACUGCAAGUUGCCUGUAAAGAAUCAUCAGUGUAUAGAUUUAGAAGUACUCAUUAUCUGCAACUUUUUAAAAAAUUCAGUUAUAGCUGCUUUUGAAGAGGUUUUCAUUUUUAUUUAAAUUACUAAUGGAUCAAAGAACAACUGUUUAUUUUUUCUCUUUGGUUUUAGAUAUUAAUGAUAACCUUGUUGGAAUUUUUUUCCAAAGAAAAUAUUUUUAUAAUUCAGUAAUUUAAUGUUUUCCUUCCUUUUCAUUACCCACUCUUGGCAGUGUUAGGGUAUCUGUUUACCUUUAAAAUAAUAAAUCUGACUCAAGAUUUUUUAUGUAUGUAUAAAUAAGUAUUUUGGUGUGCUACAAAAGCCUUUUCAAAUUAUCAGUAAUUUUUUUUUUUUUAAAAUUAAAAGAAUGAGCCAGUAUUUGUGUAGUGCUCUCUAGGGAACAAUGCAGAUGGAAGCUCAACUCUAAGGGAGGGCUGGGGUGAUGGGUUUAUUUUUACCACCUGUGAAUAUGUAAAACACAAAACCAUUAUCUCUGAGGGACUUUUUAACUUUAAUGGCAGAACAGAUAUUUCUGUGCUCAACUCAUAGAGCUGGAGCCACACAAGCAUCUUGGGAAAACAAGUUUGAGCCGCUACUCGUGUAAUGUACAGUUAUAUUUGUCUAUAAAUGGAACUGUUUAUGGCAAUUUAAUACCAUUCUCUUUGUAAAGUGAAUAAAUAUUCAUCUUUACCCGG